UCAUCUGGGGUCUGAUCCUGGGCAGAGGUCGGAGAAAAAGGUGGAUGAUGGUGGGACGGGAGAGGAGGUAGAGAAGAAGAAGAAGGAGGAGGUGAAGACUGGAGGAGCAAAGAAGCAGCCUCUGAGUCUGAGGGAGGCCCAGGCAGUUCUGCUGAGGAAGACUUUGUCACGGGGAGGAAGAGGAGACAAGAUGGCCGCCCUGCUGAUGAAGCACAUUGAGAAGGAGAGGAAGAAAGUCACUGUGACCUCCUCUUUCUCCUCCCCUAACGCCUCAUCCUCAUCAACGUCAUCGUCCGCAGUAAAAACCAGCGUGAAGACCUUUUACACUCAGAAGGGCCAGUACACCAUCCACGUCACCGCACCCUCAGCUGAUGGACAGACAGUCUCAGGAGGAGCAGGAGGAGCAGGGGGAGGGGUGGAGAGGAUCCAGGUGAUGUUCACACCCACCAUCUGCAAGGUGCGCUGCAGCCAGGACAGAUGUGUCAACUACUGCGAGCGAGGCAACGUGACCACGCUGUACAGCAGCAGUGAGGGUGGAGGAGGAGGUGUAGGAGGAGGAGGAAGGAGAGACAGCUCCCAUGGACCGGGCUUCAGAGUCUUCCUCUGUCCUCUGCUCUGUAAGAACGGAGGCAUCUGCCUGCAGAAGGACCGCUGUCUCUGCCCGCCAAACUUCACUGGGAAGUUUUGCCAAAUCCCUGUUGCCCCCACAGCCGUCGAUGCAGCUGCAGCUGCAGCUGCAUCUGCAUCUGCAUCUGCAUCCGCCUCCUCCACCUCCACCAAUGAGAUCGUCAAACCUGUGCCGCUCUCUGCCAUGGCAGCCAAUCAGGAGCUGACCCAGUCUGAGUUCCUGCUGCCGCUGGGACAACACCAGGAGACGGGAAGGGCUGGUGCUCCCGGCCCAUCCAUGGUGAAGGUCAGAGUGCAGCACCCCCCUGAGGCCAGCGUGAAGAUCCACCAAGUGCGGAAGGUGUCUGGAUUCAGCCCCACACUGCGGACUCUCUCCUCCUUGUCCUCGGGGUCAGCGGGGGCUCCGGCUCCGGCUCCAGCAGGUGGGGGGGUCCAGGCCCAAACAGUGAGAGGGGACGGCACCUUCACCCAGCACUCUGGGUUCAAGUACUGCUUCAGAGAGGUUAAAGACGGACAGUGCAGCUCUCCUCUACCUGGUCUGAGGAGCAAGGAAAUGUGCUGCAGAGGGAUCGGGAAGGCCUGGGGCAUCUCUGAUUGUGUCCUCUGUCCUGAGAAUACAGCUCAAGGCAACAACAGCUGUCCCGCUGGUUUUGAACGAACCAACGGAACGCAUGGAACACACUGUGUCGAUGUGAAUGAGUGCCUCCAUCCGGGGCUGUGUGAGAAUGGGCUCUGUGUGAACACCAGGGGGAGCUAUAGCUGUGUGUGUAGGGCGGGGUUCAUCCUCGACGCCACACAUGGAAUCUGCAUCUCCCAGAGUGUGAUAUCAGAGGAGAAAGGUCAGUGUCACCGGGUCCUGGGUUUCGGCCAGGGUCCGUCCUCCUGCUCCUUGCCCAUCCUCAGGAACAUCACCAAGCAGAUCUGCUGCUGCAGCCGAGUUGGCAAAGCCUGGGGACCCAACUGCCAGAGGUGUCCUUACUUUGGUUCAGUGGCUUUUAAGGAGAUCUGUCCGGCUGGUCCUGGUUACCAUUACUCAGCUUCGGCCCUGCAGUUCAACCAGAGAGUCAACGAGCACCUGGGGAGCCGAGGAGUUCAGCUGGUCACCCACAGCAACCAGGAUAACCAGGGUCCUGGUUCUGGGACCAGUAGCAGCGGAGCCUCCAGGUCUCAGCAGAUACCCUCUUCUUCUGGAGCAAGUACUUCGCUGAGUUCUUCUUCAGGUGUCGGGUCCAGUACUGGAUCAGCUGGUACCAGCAUAACCCACAUCAGACCCAGUCUACCCCAGCCUCAACCCAGACCCCAGCCCCACCCUCAACCUCAGCCUCGACCUCAGCCUCGGCCCCAGCCUCCAUCUCAGCCUCGACCUCAGCCUCAGCCCCAACCUCCAUCUCAGCCUCGACCUCAGCCUCAGCCCCAACCUCCAUCUCAGCCUCGACCUCAGCCUCAGCCCCAGCCUCCAUCUCAGCCUCGACCUCAGCCCCAAUCUCCAUCUCAGCCUCGACCUCAGCCUCGACCUCAGCCUCGACCUCAGCCUCAGCCCCAGCCUCCAUCUCAGCCUCGACCUCAGCCCCGGCCAGCUGACUCUUCCCCUUCCAGGCCAGUGCAGCCUGGCGGCACCGGCACCACGGCCUCCCAGGACAAACCCCAGACUCCCAGCAGACCUGGGACCCAACAGAACCAGCCCGACCCUGCCCUGUCAUUCACAACACAACAAAGAACCCAGCCUCCACCCACCAGGACUCAAGCAGGUGGUCAGUCCUCCUCGGUAUCCCGGCCAGAUCAGCCAGCAGCCAGAGGGGACUCUCUCCCCGCUCCUGCCCAGCCACAGAGCCCUGAGCGUGGGUCGAGUUCCAGCAGAGACCUCCCUCUGCAGAGCAGACCAGCUGUCAGCCCAACGACCCGACCAGCCCGAGUCCAGCCAGUGCGAGGUGUGUGUGAGAGCAAACCAGGUGUGUGUGGGCGGGGACGCUGUGUGGACCAGCCAGGUGGAAAACACACGUGUGUGUGUGAUCAGGGAUACCAGCCCAACUCUCAGCGCACAUACUGCCAAGAUGUGAAUGAGUGUAUCCAGUCUUCAGCUGUGUGUUCAGUGGGAGAGUGUAUGAACACCAUGGGAAGCUACAGGUGUGUGUGUCCGCCUGGAUACAUGAGCAGCAGCCAGCAGACUAGCUGUCAAGACAUCGAUGAGUGUCUGCAGAAUCCCUGCACCAACGGUCGCUGUGACAACACGCCGGGCAGCUACAAGUGUGUCUGUCGCCUUGGCUACAGGCUCAUCGGCAGCAUCUGCACAGAUAUGGACGAGUGUGAGGAUGCUCUGCAGUGUCCAGGUCAGGAGUGCAUCAACAGUCAGGGCUCGUACCGCUGCGUGUCCUGUCAGCCCGGAUACAGACUGGUCAACAGGCUCUGCACAGACAUCGACGAAUGUCGCCAGGCUCCCUGCUCCAAUGGUCGCUGUGAAAACACACCAGGAAGCUACCGCUGUGUCUGUCGUCAUGGUUACAAGCUCCAGAACAACACCUGCACAGACAUAGAUGAGUGUGCUGAGCGGUCUCAGUGUCCUGGUCAGAUGUGUGUGAACACUGUGGGAUCGUACCGCUGUGUGUCCUGUCGACCAGGGUACACACUCACCAACAGACAGUGUACAGAUGUAAAUGAGUGUGAGAACAGCGAGUCUUGUCCUGGUCAGCGGUGUGUGAACACUGAAGGGUCUUACAGCUGUGUGGAGUGUCAGCAGGGAUACCACAGCGUCAAUGGGGUGUGUGUAGAUGAGGACGAAUGUGUGCAGGCCUCUCAGUGUCCCGGUCAGCAGUGUGUGAACACUGUGGGAUCAUACCGCUGCGUGUCCUGUCAGCCUGGAUACAGCAGCAAGGACGGCUCCUGCCAAGAUGUAGAUGAGUGUGCCAGCGAGGGGGCGUGUGAGGCAGAGCGGGUGUGCGUGAACACCAUUGGCUCGUUCAGGUGUGACUGUCCGCCUGGGUACCGAACCUCCAGCCUGGGAAGACAGUGCAGAGACAUUAACGAGUGUUUGGAGGGAGACUUCUGUUUCCCCAGAGGAGAGUGUGUGAACUCACCGGGGUCCUACACAUGUGUGUGCUCUCAGGGAUUCACACUGAGUGACAACAGGACCGCCUGCAUCGACGUGGACGAGUGUACGAAGUCUGGUGUGUGUUUGGACGGUCGCUGUGUGAACACUGAAGGUUCCUUCCACUGCCAGUGUCAAACCGGCUUCACCACCAAUCCAGAGAGAACUGCCUGCCUCGACGUUGAUGAGUGUGUCUCGUCCGGCGGCUCAGUGUGUGCAUCACAGCGCUGUGAGAACACGAUUGGCUCGUACCACUGCCUCACUUCCUGUGAGCCGGGCUACCAGGUCACACAGACAGGCAACUGCGUAGACAUUAAUGAAUGUGCCAAUAAGACAGUGUGCGGACGUCAUGCCUACUGUCAGAACCUAAUAGGAACCUACCUGUGUGUGUGUGACCAGGGCUUCACCUCCACCGGCGACGGGAAGGCUUGUGUGGAUGAGGACGAGUGUGUGUCUAUGCCCGGUGUGUGUGGUUCUGCUCGCUGUGAGAAUGUGGAGGGAUCCUUCAUGUGUGAAUGUGACAGACGGGGAGAAGAGUUUGACCACACCACAAGGCAGUGCGUCAACACGGCACAAGGUGGGAUGCUCCCAAGCUCCACCUCCAUCUCCUCCUCGUCCUCCUCCCAUGUCAGUGUGGUGGAGUUGGCUCCAGUGCUGCCCCCACUCCCUGCAGCUCGUCCUGGCGAGCUGAGGGAGUGUUACUACAACCUGGCUGAGCGGGGAACCUGCAGCCUGCUGGCUACCAACACCAGCCAGCAGGAGUGCUGCUGCACGGUGGGGGAGGGCUGGGGGCUGGGCUGCCAGUACCACACCUGCCCCACCGCUGACACAGCCGAGUUUCUGUCUCUGUGUCCCAGUGGGAGAGGAUACGUUACUACUGGACCAGGAGCCUUCAGCUACAGAGAUGUGGACGAGUGUAAGCGUUUCCAGCCGGAGGUGUGUAAGAACGGAGUGUGCGUCAACAACAUCCCUGGAUACAACUGCUACUGCGCCAGUGGAUAUGUGUACAACAGCACCCUGCUGGAGUGUGUUGAUCACGAUGAGUGUGAGGAGGAGAGUUGUAUCGGAGGACUCUGUGUCAACACGGUGGGUUCUUAUUACUGCAGCUGUCCACAUCCUCUGGUGCUCGACGACACUCAACGCAACUGUGUCAACUCCUCCCACCUCACUGUGGAUGAGAACCUGUCUGUGUGCUGGCAGCACGUCACGGCAGACCUGGUGUGUCAGAGUCCUCUGCUUGGAGCUCAGGUCACCUUCAUGGACUGCUGCUGUCUGUACGGGGAGGGCUGGGGGAUGGAGUGCGCCCUCUGCCCCUCCACUGACUCUGACGACUACGGCACUCUGUGCAGUUCGAUUCUUCCUCCCUUUUUGCCGGAGGGUUUUCCGGACUUUGGAGCUGAAACGGGAGUGAGACCAGGAGCUGGACGAGGACGAGGAGGAGCCAGUGAGCAAUCUCCUCCAUACUUCCCUCCCUACAGUACGGACUCCUUCCCUCCGCCUGUGCUUCCUGACUAUGACGACUACUCUCCAGCAGGAGACAGCAGGUCAGGUUUCAGAGGGAGGACACCUGCCACCUUCAGCCUGCCGGACAGUGGAUAUCCCAGGUCAGAGUACAGCACUGGUUACUACUCUGAAGGAGACUUCAGCCCCCCUGAUGGCUCCCCGCCCAGGUCUCCAUCCUUCCGCCUCCCUGCGGACCCCAGGGCCGAGAUGGCAUUUGGGGCCCGACCUCCUCCUCCAUCACGACCCGACGGGCCUCCUCUCAGCCUGGCCCCACUGCCUGGCGCUCCCUAUGAGGUGGAGCAGGAGGAGGAGGAGGAGGUGGCGUGGAGGCCGGGCCCGCCCUUCCCUCCGUUCACUGAGAGGGGAGGAGGGGGAGCACCGAGGAGGGUGUAUGAGAGGCGUUAUGAAUCCUACGCCGGCCUAAGCACAGCAGAGGAUUGUGGGAUACUACAUGGCUGCGAGAAUGGCAGGUGUAUCCGCGUCGCCGAGGGUUACACCUGUGACUGUUACCAAGGAUACGAACUGGACAUGACCUCCAUGACAUGUAUAGAUAUAAACGAGUGUGAGGCUGGCAUCACGUUGGACUUCCCGUGUGUCAACGCUCGCUGUGUGAACACCGAUGGCUCGUUCCGCUGCGUCUGCAGGAGAGGAUACGUCAUGUCCCGCAGGCCAAACCACUGUGUGGCUGCAUAGACCAGACCAAACUGGACUGGACUGGGCUCGAUUAAACCAGUAUAAACUGGUCUAGACAAUCGAGACUGGACUGCACAACAACAGACUGGGCUAGACUAGAUUAGACUAAAGCGGCUAUGGGACCUGAUUUGACAAACUAGAUUAUACCAGGUUAGGAUGAACUGGGUUUAAAAUAGUCUAGAUUGCACUUAACUGGGAAAGGGUGGACUGGGCACCAGUUACACAAGGUCACUCUGGAUAAAAUACCAAUUUAACACCGCUUUUUAGCUACAGUUUCUCCCUGUCUUUGCAAAUUUCAACUUGUUUUUUGUGUUUAUAUGUGAACACGAUAUUUCCUUGUAGAUUUUUCUCAGAUUUUUGAUGUCUAGAGAAAAAAAUAUCUCUGGAAACAAACAAAACUAACUUCUGUUGCAACAAUCCAGGAUAAAUUAAUCGUUUAGUAAAGUGACUGUAAACAUGGUUAACUAGCUCAAACUGAAAUCUCAAUUCUCCUAAAUGUUUUAAUGUGAGGAAAUAUAAUGACGUUGCAAAAGUUUUGCAUAUUUUUCUGUUAUGCAAAAGAGGAUAAAACUAUUUUUGAACAUAUUUGUGGAGACAGUGUGUAAGCUUUAAAAAUAGGCUAUAUGGACUGUCUCUUUCCAACAUUCAUCAUUGUAAGGACCCAAUAUAUUAGAUUUUAAUCUGAUUUUUCAAUAUAUAUAAAAUAUAUACUUAAACAUCCUCAAUCGUAUUGACAGAGCAACAACACAUAUAAAACAAACAUGCUCGACCUCAGUUUCUCUUUGUCAUCGCCCACCUGUCCAAAAAAUACAAGAAAAAGAUAGAAAAUGAACAAUGAUUUGAGUCAGGAAAUUAUUCAUACGGUCACUUUAUUACACCAUUAGUUGGUCCCAGUGUAUAGUCUGCUCUAUCACCCCAUACAUUAUCUCCUCACAUAAAGGUCUACAAAAAUGUGUCGAACAAGUUAAAAAACAAUGUUUAAAGCUUGAUGAAACCCCACAGUGUCUGGUCAGUUUAAACCAGUCUAGCCCUGUUUAGCACCAGUGGUUGAAACCAGGCUAACUCCUCAAGUAGACUCCAGGCCCGCUCUGAUUAGCCUCCGCUGUGAACCACGCUGUGCCAAAGUUCAUCUUUAUGUUUCUGAUGACCAUGACUCUUUCUGAAUGUUUACCUUGUUGAAGUUAAGUCUGGUAGGUUGUUCCCAGCGGGAGAAAAAAACGUGUUUUGAGAUGUGUGAAGUAGAAGAAGAAAACAGUUGUGUGUGUAUUUUUUUUGUUUGUUUUAGGAAUCCAACCAGGCUGCAGAGAAACACUGAGCUCACAUCAGUUUGAAAAACAGCAACUUUACAUUUUAACCAUAGAUGGUAAAAAAGAAGUGGACGUAGCCUCUGGGUCAAGUGAAGUCAAUGCUGAAGUGCCUUAAAGCUACAUUCUUUCUAAUGACCAGCAGGGGGCAACUCAACUGGUGGCAAAAACAAAUUCAGUUGUAUAGAAGUCAGUGAGAAAAUGAACCUACUUCCCACUUGAUUUAUUACCUCGACAAACCUUUUCCCAAUUAAUUUAUGGCCUCAGUCUCUAGUUUCAAGUCCUCUUCAAUACAGCAUGAUGUUCAUUAUGUGAUGGCUCCAAAAUAAAAAAACAAGAUGGCAACAACAACAACUCAAAACACCAAACUUGAGGCUUUAAAACCAUGGAUGUAUAAAUAGAACCACAGUGUUGGAAGCAGGGCCCAGUUCAUUCCUAUGAAAGCUGCUUAGUCACGCAUGAAGCCAAAAACGUUCGAUUUCCUGGGUAUAAAAUUACCUGGAUUUUCCUCAUCACGGGGCCAAUAGAGCUAUAGAGACUACUGCUGACUGAGCGGCUAACCUCUGGUUUUGUGCUCCCAAACUUAAAUGGGGAUAAAAUUAUUUAAACAUGCGGCUCUUCUAGACUUUAAAUAUGUUAUCAGACUGUAUGGAUCAAAUUCUGAUGGUGAAGCGAGUCAUUUUGUUGGGGCUAUGAUGCUAAAAAAAUGUAUCCACUAAUUUACAGAGGCCUGUUUGGGGUUCAAUAGUGUCACGUGAUAGACCUGAAUGUUGUAAUGCCACCGUUUGCAUCAUAACUUGGCUACUACGAAAACUGGCCUCAAAGCCAGUGCUGUUUAUUUGGGCUUGGGCGUAGCAAUGUGUAUUCUCGGCAACUCCACCCUUUCUUCCAAAUAUGGUAAUUUCUGGCUCCAGAAAACCAAGAUUGCAACGGACAAAAUGCCGAACUCUAGGCUAUAGAAUGAUAGCCCACAAACCAGUGGGUGACAUCAUGGUGGCUACGUUCAUUAUUUUAUACAGUCUAUGGGUUUAAUUGAAUAGAAAACAGAUGGAACAACAUUAAUAAACACCAGGUUUACUGUUUACACAACCCCAAUUUGUUCAAUGAAACAAAGAUUUGAAGGGCAUCAUCUGCAGACAUAAGACAAAAUAUCAUCUAGCUUUAGAAAUAUUAAUGAAUUAAUUAUUUGAAGUAAAAAAUAAAUACAGCAAUGAUACCAAAACAAUGCAAAUCAGUCAUGUAUUAGCAUUAGCAUGAUAGCUGUCCCAUUGUAAACAACAGAUCUUUAACCAUCAAGAAGUAACUAGUGUUUUGUUGUUCCUCAUCUAGAAAACUACGGUUACCCAAGUCUCCUGAGGAAAUGUUGGCAUUGUAGGUUUUUGCAAACCACUUAUACAUUUGUACAUUAUUACAUAGCGGAUACACUAAAACUUAACCCUAUGGUUAAUGUAUGGAUUAGUUUAGGCACAAAAACCACUUGGUUGCAGUUAGAAAAAGAUCAUGCUUUGGCUUAAACUACCUGAUUUUGGGGGCAUAAUCAUGACAGGAAAAACUGCAAAAUGUCUCUACGAAACACCCACGUUUGGUGCCUAAAAAGCCGCUGGAAACUGAGUCACAACUCAUUUUGUCAUUUGUCUCAAACAGUGGUCUGCAGCUAGGCAAGCUGACUGUCCACCAUCCCCUCCACCUCCAGAUGACAAAGUCAGCUCAUAUACCACGUCACUUUUAAAACAUUGAUAUGAAACGUAGAAAUGUUACUUAUUUGUGGUUUGCAUAAAUGUGCAAUGCCAGUGUUUUCUUCUUGCAACUGGGCUGGGUAUGUUGUGAUGAAAUUAAAUUUAAACGUGCAUCAGUAACAAGCCAUCCACUAGCUAGAAGCGAAUUGCAAAGGUACCAAUUGCUGUGAGCUCAUGAGCUAACCCAGCAUAUUCGUUAGCAUAGACGUCGUUCUACUUACAAAACUCAUUUUCUCACUGGGCUGUAGCCACUGAAAUACUGACUGGAUGAGUCCAAAAACCUCCAGCUGAGUAAUUUUAAUUGCUGAAUUAUAUAUUUCAGAACAGGGCACCAUAAUAACUCAACAUUGACCAAAACUUCAGAACUAAGUCUGUGCUUGGAUGUGUCCUUGCUUAAGCGCACCUUGUAGCCGACUUCUCUUCUUCAGUUUUUGUGUCCACAAACAUCUUAUAGCCUUGAUUUUUUUUUUUUUUUUUUUAAUCGAAGAAGCAGAUACAUCCUUUGUUUGGACGAAUCAAGCAGGAGAAUUUCACAUUGAUUCAAAGAUGUGAAAGUUGUGUAUUCGUGGGAAAAAUGUAUGAGACUUUUACUCCUGGAACCAGUGGUGUCUGAAUUAAAUACUCCUACUUUUCAUCUA